UUUUAUGUUUAAAUUUUAUGCAUAAAAAACUUAUUAUUCUUAACUUUCAAACCAUUUCAAGAAUACGCCAAAAGUUUCGUCAAUUUUGUCUUCAUUAUCACCGAAGAGAAUGAACGGCAGACCCACAGUAUUAAUGGCACAAAAAAAGACUAAUGAAUCCAAUAAUGGUUACACAACAGCACCGGCAGCGACACCGCAGCCACAUAUGUACGACAAGAAUGGAUCCAAACAUUUGGACAGAAACGAAGAAAGACAGCUAUCGGUGAUGUUAGCCAAACACAGGACCGACACAUUAAUUCAAAACAAUCUAAACAAUGAAAAGCAUAUUAAGGCUGAAUUAGAGACCAUUCGCGAAGAUCACGAAAGAACGACAUCCAUAACAUCCAUACUGUCGUACGGGUCGGUGACGGCCGAAGAGGAAGAAGUGAUGUCCAAGAAGUAUAAGUAUGUGACGGCUUCGGUCCUCUGGUUUUGCUAUUUUUCAUUGGCAUUGAAUGACUAUAUAUUUGGUCCAACACUGGCCGAAUUGGCCGACAUAUUGGGCACAACGUUUGAAAUGAUAUCCUAUUUUGUAAUCAUACGGCAAGUGUCCUACACUUUCGGCGCAUUAGGUGGAGUGGCCUUUAACUAUGUGAACCGUCAGUUGGCGUUAAUAAUAUUAUUGAUAAUAUCGGCGUUUACUUUGGUCGCCACUCCUUAUUCCGGUUCACUCAACGUUUUCUUUAUUAUCGGUGCUAUCAAUGGUUUCGCUGCCGGUGCCUGUGAUAUAGGUUUUCACGUAUGGAUUAUCGAAAUGUUUGAGGGCGGCGGCGGACCUCUACUCCAGGCGCUGCACUUUUCAUUUGGCAUCGGUAUUACAAUAGCGCCGUCCAUAACAGCGGCAUUCAUAUCCAGUGAAGGUGGCUGUGGUGAGGAUGAAACUGUAGAAGCAAACGAUGGGACCAGAGAUCUAACGACCACCACCACUACAACAGUUAAGCCAAAAAUCGAGUCUCUACUUUACAUACCGUACCUGAUUUCGGCCGGCAUUGUAGCCAUGGGUGGCAUUGCAUUGUUAGCACUGUUCAUAUAUAAGAAAUACCAACCGCCGCGACUACCGCACGCACCGCCAGCUUUUGCCGAAGAGAUGCCCACAGAGUUGUCUACUUUGGAAAAGUUUCAGAUCUGGAAGGAAAACAUCCCGUCAUCCUAUACGAUGACACUCAUAGUGUUGGGCUCUUUCCUAUUGUUGGCCUACUAUGGUCUUGAAGUAACUUAUUUUCAAUUUAUGGCACAAUUUAUUACAUCCACACCACUUCCUAUUUAUGGAACAAUGUCAGCACUAGUAGAAACAGCUACAGGUGCUGCCUAUGCAAUCGGUGGCGGCAUUAGUAUCUAUUUAUCAAUUAAGCUAAGACCGGACCAAAUGAUUUAUUUUAAUUUUUUAAUCAUAAACAUUGGUUGCAUUUUGUUGAUCAUAUUCUACACGACACAAGUGUCUGUCCUAUGGAUUGGUAAUAUAUUAGUCGGUUUGGGCUUUUCAUCUACAUAUGCCACAGCUUACACAUUCCUCGAGCAUCACAUAUCAGUUACCAAUGCUAUUGGCAGCCUAUUUGUAUUGGCCGGGGGUGCGGGCACUGCCAUAUUGCCGCUAUUCCUGCAAAAACUAUGCGAAAAUUCGUCAUCAAUCAUAAUCAUGUGUUUUGUUUGUACGGAAAUCAGUGCCAUUAUCUUCGGUGUCCUACACUUUAUGACGACUGUCCGCAGCAAAGAGAUUGAUGUCAUCAAGAAAAAGCUGAUCAACAAUCCGGCCAUACUAUUGGGUUAUCGGGAAAAGUCGUUAUCCAUACUAACCAUUUAG